AUGGCUUUCGGAAAGCUUUACGGUCUUCCUGAGAACGGUCGUACCAUCGCCGCCCUCGUCGCUGCCAAGUGCAAUGACUUGGAGCUCGAGCUGGUUAACACUGAGGCCAACUCUGCCGCUGCCUUCAACCAGUCUGCUGAGUACCUCAAGCUCAGCCCCCUCGGCAAGAUCCCUGCUUUCGAGGGUGCCAAUGGCUUCACUCUCUCCGAGUCCAUCGCCAUCGCUGUCUACGUGACAUCCCAGAACGAGAAGACCACUCUCCUGGGCAAGACCAAGCAGGACUACGCUGCCAUCCUCCGCUGGCUCUCGUUCGUCAACGCUGAGGUCCUCCCCAAGCUCGGUGGCUGGUACCGCCCUCUGAUGGGUCUUGACCCCUACAACAAGAAGAACGUUGAAGAUGCCGCCAAGGCUGCCAACAAGGCCCUCGCCGUCCUUGAGAAGCACCUCACCGCCAACACCUACCUGGUUGGCGAGCGCAUCACCCUCGCCGAUUACUUCGGUGCCUCUCUCCUCACCCGCGCUUUCGCUACCGUUCUGGACAAGGCUUGGCGCUCUGAGAACGUUGCCGUCGUCAGAUGGUACAACACUAUCAUCAACCAGGCUCCUUUCAAGGCUGUCGUCCCCAGCCCUGUCUUCGCUGAGGAGGCUAUCAAGUACACUCCUCCCAAGAAGGAGGAGAAGCCCAAGGCUGCUCCUGCCAAGCCUGCUGCUCCUGCUGCUGAGCCCGAGGCCCAGCCUGAGAAGAAGCCCAAGCACCCUCUUGAGGCUCUUGGCAAGCCCGAGUUCGUCCUCGAUGAGUGGAAGCGUCAGUACUCUAACGAGGACACCCGCCCCGUUGCUCUGCCCUGGUUCUGGCAGAACUACAAGCCCGAGGAGUACUCUCUCUAUGCUGUUGACUACAAGUACAACAACGAGCUCAAGCUCACUUUCAUGGCUAACAACCUAAUCGGUGGUUUCCACGCCCGUCUUGAGGCUUCCCGCAAGUACCUCUUCGGUGCUCAGUCCGUCUACGGCGAGAACUACAACUGCGUCGUCCGCGGUGUCUUCCUCGUCCGUGGCCAGGACUGGAAGCCCGCCUUCGAGGUCGCCCCUGACUGGGAGAGCUACGACUUCCGCAAGCUCGACCCCUCCAACCCCGAGGAUAAGAAGCUCGUCGAGGACAUGUGGGCCUGGGACACCUCCGUCACUGUCGACGGCAAGGAGUACCCCCACGUUGAUGGUCACGUCUUCAAAUAG